GCCUAUUACUUCCGGAUCAUGGGAACCAAAACCUUGUAAACACAGUAUUGUAUAUUGAGGACGUGUGCAAGAAAUCAUGCAGCAGCAGGAACCAGCAGAAACUGGCCAAGAGGGGGUGGUGGGUCUGGAGGAGCCCAAGAAGAUGACCCGUGAAGACUGGAGGAAGAAGAAAGAGCUCGAGGAGCAGAGGAAGCUGGGAAAUGCCCCAGCCGAAGUGGACGAGGAGGGAAAGGACAUCAACCCUCACAUUCCUCAGUACAUUUCAUCAGUGCCAUGGUAUAUCGACCCCUCAAAGCGUCCCACACUCAAGCAUCAGAGGCCUCAGGAUGAAACUGAGGAGACGUUUUCAAAUAUUUCAGAAUGGUACAAGAGAGGUGUGCAGGAGAAAUCAGUCAGCACGAAGUUCCGCAAGGGUGCAUGUGAAAACUGCGGCGCCUUAACCCAUAAGAAGAAGGACUGCCUGGAGCGUCCCAGGAAAGUGGGGGCCAAAUUCACUGGUACAGGCAUGGCUCCAGAUGAGCAUGACCAACUCACACUGUCCCUGGACUAUGAUGGGAAAAGAGACCGCUGGAAUGGCUAUGACCCAGACGAUCACAUGCGCAUUGUGGAGGAGUAUUCCAAGGUUGACUUGGCAAAACGCACUCUAAAAGCACAGAGGUUGCAAGAGGAAUUGGCAUCAGGGAAGCUUGUGGACCAGGCGGAGCGGGAGCAUGACAGCGAGGAUGAAGACGAGGAUAAAUACGCCGAUGACAUCGAUAUGCCUGGACAGAACUUCGACUCAAAAAGACGAAUCACUGUCAGAAAUCUGAGAAUUCGAGAAGACAUUGCUAAGUACCUCAGAAACUUGGAUCCAAACUCAGCCUAUUAUGACCCCAAGACUCGAGCCAUGAGGGAGAACCCGUAUGCCAACACAGGGAAGAACCCAGAGGAGGUCGGGUAUGCUGGGGACAACUUUGCGCGUUACACUGGUGACACCAUCAACAUGGCCUCAACUCAGUUAUUUGCCUGGGAGGCUUAUGACAAAGGCUCAGAGGUGCACCUGCAGGCAGACCCCACCAAACUGGAGCUGCUGCAUCAGUCCUUCAAAGUCAAGAAGGAGGACUUCAAGCAGAUGCAGAAGGAGAGCAUCCUAGAAAGGUACGGUGGUGAAGAGCAUUUAGAUGCCCCUCCUCGUGAGCUGCUGUUGGCUCAGACAGAGGAGUAUGUGGAGUACUCUCGUCAUGGUGCCGUGAUCAAAGGACAGGAUAAGGCCAUUGCCCGCUCCAAAUACGAAGAGGAUGUGCUCAUCAACAACCACAUAUGCAUCUGGGGUUCUUACUGGAAAGAUGGCAUGUGGGGCUACAAAUGCUGCCACUCAAUGGUCAAACAGAGUUACUGCACAGGAGAUGCAGGCAAGAAAACAAUGACCACCUCCUGCGUUCCAUUUGAAGAAGGGCUGGAAGUUGCUGAGGAAGAGGAGAUGCCAAAGACUCUCUUGGAGCUUCACCAAGAGAAGAUGAAGGACAAGAAGAAGAAGAAGAAGAAGGACAAGAAGCACAAGAGGAGGGAUUCAGACAGCAGCGACGAGGAAGACGAGGCGAAGAAGAGAGAGAAACUCAAGAAGGCUUUGCUGGCGGAGGACCAGUGGCAGAAGGAGGUGGCGGAGAUCAUGCUGCUGGACGAGAGGAAGCGCCCCUACAACAGCCUGAAGGAGGUGCGGGAGCCCACCGAGGAGGAGAUGGAGGCCUUCCAGAUGAAGCGGCCCCGGGCUGACGACCCCAUGGCCUCCUUCCUGUUCCAGUGAGCUCCGCUCUGCCGCCGGGCCACGGCUCUUCUCCCUGCACUCCUCAGAGGUCACAGGGAACGCACCACUCUCUUACCGAACUCUGUGCUCCCUGUCGUGGACGGGAAGCCCUUGUAGUGCAAACAGCUGGUCGUCCUUACACCGUUGGCCAUCUUUUACCAGCCUUGCUUGAGUGGACCAACAUUUUUGUCAAGCUGAAUGGUUAUCUAGUGUUUACCAGGCUUUCUCGAGCUCCAUCAGUGGUGGACCAACUUGUUAUAGAUCUUCAGUGCUGUUCAGCCACCUUAGAUCACUUGGGCACUGCAAGAAUGAAGCAUAGACUUGGGGGAACCCAUAUAAUCUUUUAUGCCAGAUAAAAGGGAUUAUUUUCUGCAAGUCUGCAAUCCUGUCCUGUUUCCUACCCUAGUCGUUUCUCCAUAGCAAGGAGACACAUGCUAAAAUCUAUACAGUUUUUAAUUAUUUCAAACAUGGACAUAUUGAUGCGUUUUGUAGCGCUUAUGAUGAGGUCGCUAAUUUUGUCAUUCACUAUUUGUUUUGGUUUCCCAUUCAUCUCAGACAUAUGCCAUUUUACUUUUAUUUUAAGGGCUGUCUGCAUCUGUGUUUAUAAAUCGAUAUCGAUUUUCCUCCUCAAGACUUGUCUGGUGUAAUAAAACUUUAUGCAGAAACUCAGAAAA